GCAGAAUCAGUCAGUCGGACUGGACAAUCGACAUGGCUCGGUUACUACUUUUGACGUUGGCUCUUUUCGGAGCAACUGCUGCACAGACAUGUAACACUGGUGGUAUUUAUAAUGCGCAUUUUAAUAGAUGCUACCAAUACUUCACUGCACCGGCUCAAUUCGAGUUCGCUGAAGAGCAAUGUAAUCUCCUUGGCGGCCACCUUGCUUCCGUUCAGAAUGGACAAGAAAACGCACUUCUUCAGUCAAACGCAGCCAAUUCAUUCAAGAGAUCCAACUAUUCCGAUUACUGGAUCGGAGCCAAUGAUCUCGAGACAUCCGGCACCUGGAAAUGGACAGAUCCAUCAGUGACAUUCGACUAUUCCAACUGGCAAUUGGGUGAACCCCAAUCCGGAAGUGACUGUGCAAUUCAGGAUAAGGGAGAUGGAACCUGGUCGGCUAUUGGAUGUACUUCCUACAGGCCAUAUGUAUGUGUCACACCUGUUAUUAUGACUGCCACGUGUCCACCAAUCACUACACCGAUUCCAACUACCUGCCCUACGCCAGCUCCGUGCCCUGUCAAGACCUGCGUGCCGUCUUGCGACCAAGGAUGGACCUACUUUGCACCAACCGACUUCUGCUAUCGUGUCUACCAUAACGCCAAGUGGGAGGACGCAGAGGCUGCGUGUGUGCUCCUUGGAGCUCACUUGACCUCAGUUCACUCGGAAACCGAGAACACCUUCGUUGCUAACCUUGCCUCGUGUGGAAUCAAGGAAGGAAACCCGAAGGAUCUCGCGUGGAUCGGUAUGCACAAGGUCGGUCAGGACUGGGUAUGGACUGACGGUACCCCAUCAAACUACAUCAACUGGGCACCAAAGCAGCCUGACAAUCCGGGAAAGGAAAAUUGUGUGGAGACAGCGCCGGAUCUUUCCCACGAUAAGUGGUAUGAGAACUGGAAUAACGAGGCGUGCAGCACCGAGAUGAGAGCUUAUAUCUGCAAGAAGGGAUCUAUUCAUGCAUAGAUAUAUAUAUAUUGAUAUGUAUACUAUUUAAUAAAUUGGUUUCAUCACUUAA